AUGUCAUCAAAGUAUAGAGUUGAAUAUCAAUUGAAGAAUCAUCGUAAAGAUGAAUUUAUUACUUGGAUCAAAAGUUUAUUAGCUUCUCCAUUUGUUUUACAUGCUGUUUCUCACGAUGACGAUGAUAAUGUCACCACUGAAAGGGUUAGAAGGCAAUAUGCUGAAAUAUUUCAAGAUAUAGAACUAUUGAUUUCAAGUAAAAUUGAAUUUGAUGCAAAGAAUGGGUUAUUAGAUGUCGAGGAGAGUAACGAAGGUCAAUAUGAAUUAAUUGGUAAAUCUCGUUUGAAUCAGUUAGUUCCAUCUAUCGGUCCUUUUUUUACAAUGUUGCCUUUACAUGAAGCUUUCCUAUGGGAGGACUCUAAAAGAGCUAUAUCCCAAAGAAGAAUGGUUGCUCCAAGUUUCAAUGAUGUUAGACAUAUACUGAACACUGCUCAAGUAUUUCAUUUUAUUCAACAAAAGAGGGAAGGUGGAGCUGGUUUAAAAUUAGUUACUUUUGAUGGGGAUGUCACUUUAUAUGAAGACGGUGGGUCAUUAGUUGACGCCGACCCAGUUAUCCCUUAUAUGGUCAAACUAUUAGAAUCUAACAUCAGGGUUGGUAUCUGUACUGCUGCCGGUUAUGAUGAACCAACCAAAUAUGAAUCAAGAUUACAUGGGUUAUUAGUGGCAGUUCAUAGUUCUACUACAUUGACUAGUGAACAAAAGUCGAAUUUGGCUGUUAUGGGUGGUGAAUCAAACUAUUUAUUUAGAUAUUAUGAAGAUGGUGACGAUUUUGGGUUCAAACCUAUUGAUACUUCAAUCUGGGUGUUACCUGAGAUGAAAGACUGGCAAGAUCAUGAUAUAAAUGCUACCUUAGAUUUUGCUGAGAGAACAUUAAUCACAUUGAAGGAAAGAUUAAAGUUACCAGUGGAAACUGUUUUGGUACGUAAGCCUAGAGCUGUUGGUUUAGUACCAGGUGAGAAAUCAGACCUGACAUCUGGAAAGCCUGUUCGUGUCUUACUUUCAAGAGAACAAUUGGAGGAGAUUGUGUUAACUAUCCAACACUCAUUAGAAACGUUUAAGCCUGCUAGACGUUUACACUAUAGUUGUUUUGACGGUGGUAGUGAUGUUUGGUGUGACAUUGGUGGCAAGGAUUUAGGUGUGCGAAUAUUGCAGAAAUUCUUUUCACCUAAUAAUCCAAUAAAACCAUCAGAAACUUUACAUGUAGGGGAUCAAUUUGCUCCAACAGGUCUUGGCAAUGAUGUUAAAGCCCGUCUUGCUGGGUUCAACACUAUGGAUUUCAUCUCCUAA